CCUUCCUUAGACAUGUGCAUGGUGGAAAAGUAAUCACGAAGCUGCUUUUCUAAGAACCUGGAUGAGAAGAAGAAACUCCUUUGCUGUUAGCGACUCAGAGAGGAACCUGGGCAGGACGAGGACUGUGUCAGACUAGCUGUCACAAGUCAAAUAAACUCGCGACGUAGUCCGUAGCUCGUUAGCUAAGUUAACGUUAGCUUAAAGUUGGUUUUCGCCAUGGCUCUGUACAUGAAAGCCGCCGAGAUCUUGGAGAAAGCCGAGAGGAAGCAGGGUGCUUUGAAAACUCUGGUUUACGACAGCAAAUUUACGAACAUCAAGCAGCUGUUCGCGCUGGUUUGUGAGACUCAGAAGUUUUCGUCCAUCCUGGAGGAGGUCAUCGAGUCCACCAAGCUGCUCAAACAGACCAAACUGAGGAUGCCCCUGGCCAAGGUGCUGGUCUACGACCUGCUGAUUGGCCAGGGCCUGAAAUGCGGUGGCACAUGGAAGACCAUGAUGAUGAAGCAUCGUCCCAGACUGCAGGCGAUGCUGGCCCGCAUGAAGGUGAAGCAGAAGGUCAGUAAGAAUGAAGACCUGCUCCCGGCCAGCGUCCAGCGGCGUGCCGGGGACCAGCUGCCCAGGUAUGUGCGUGUGAACACUUUGAAGACCACCGUGGAGGAUGCUGUGGACUACCUGAAGAGGGAUGGCUUAGCCUACCUAGGACAGGCCUCCAGGUUGGAUGACUUAACCCUGAAGGAGAAAGUUUUUGUGAGGGACAUGCACCUGCCAGAGCUGCUGGUCUUCUCUCCUAAAACUGACUUCCAUGAUCAUUUCCUGUACAAGGCCGGCCACAUCAUUCUGCAGGACAAAGCCAGCUGCCUCCCAGCAUACCUCCUCAACCCCCCACCUGGCAGCCAUGUCAUUGAUGCCUGCGCCGCCCCUGGCAACAAAUCCAGCCACCUGGCAGCCAUCAUGAAGAACAAAGGCAGGCUCUUUGCCUUUGACUUGGAUGCCAAGCGUCUGGCCACCAUGUCGACUCUCCUGCUCCGAGCUGGCGUCACCUGUCAGCAGCUGGCCAACCAGGACUUCCUGAAGGUGGACCCUGACAGCCCGCAGUAUAAAGAUGUAGAGUAUGUCCUGCUGGAUCCGUCCUGCAGUGGAUCAGGUAUGGUGUGUCUCCGGGACGAUGCCUCCUCCACUGACCAGGAGGAGAUACAGGCUCGUCUGGCCUCCUUGGCCUCCUUCCAACUGCGGUGCCUGAACCACGGCCUCAGGUUCCCUCGGCUGAAGCGCCUGGUCUACUCCACCUGCUCCAUCCACAGCCAGGAGAACGAGGAAGUCGUAGCGGCCUGUCUGCAACAGAACCCCGACUUUAGGUUGGUUCCUGUGCUUUCUCGGUGGCCUGAACGAGGCCUAGAGCCGCUCACUCAGUGUCUGCGUGCCAGCCCCACCAAGACCCGCACACACGGCUUCUUCGUGGCUGUGCUGGAGAAAGACAGCGAGGCUGGGAACAAGAAACAGGAGCCUGUGGUUCAGAUAAGCAAGGCGGAGGCAACAACACACAGUCCGCCCACCUGGGAGAAGAGACCUGCAGCUUCAGAAGAAGAGUCUGAAGCUUCAGAGACGGACGACAAACCGACAACUGCUGCAGGACAGGCUGACAGCACACCUGGCAAGAAGAAGAGGAAGAGGAACAGGAGGAAGAAGAAGAAGACUAAUGCAACGGCAGCAACAACAACAGCGGAGUGAUGAGAAACUUAAAAUUGGACUGCUUACAGCAUGUUGUCUGGAGGGAAUGAUUUAUGUAAUUUCUAAUAGAGACAUGCAGGGAAUUUAACUGAGAAGUAAAGAUUGUGUUUUUUACUGUA